AAUUUUCUCUUCCUCCUUGAGCUUUUACCUCCUUCCUCUCCUCUCCUCUCCUCUCACCCUUUAAUGCAACAAUGGGAAACUGCUGCUCUAACGGACGUGACUCAGGCGACAACGGAGACACGCGCGGCAUAACCGCUUCAAACGCUGGUCCAACUGCCGAAGCCUCCGUACCACAAUCCAAACACGCCCCUCCUUCUCCUCCUCCCGCAACAAAACAAGGCCCCAUAGGACCCGUCUUAGGCCGUCCCAUGGAAGAUGUAAAAUCCUCAUACUCUCUAGGCAAAGAGCUAGGGAGAGGACAGUUCGGCGUCACGCACCUCUGCACGCAGAAGGCGACAGGUCAGCAGUUCGCUUGCAAGACCAUUGCCAAAAGGAAGCUUGUGAACAAAGAAGACAUUGAGGAUGUAAGAAGGGAAGUGCAGAUAAUGCAUCACCUUACUGGUCAGCCGAACAUUGUGGAGCUUAAAGGAGCUUAUGAGGAUAAACACUCUGUGCAUUUGGUCAUGGAGCUUUGCGCUGGUGGAGAGCUGUUCGAUAGGAUUAUUGCUAAAGGGCAUUACUCGGAGAGAGCUGCUGCUUCCUUGUUGAGAACCAUUGUUCAGAUUGUGCAUACUUGUCAUUCCAUGGGGGUUAUUCACAGGGAUUUGAAGCCUGAGAACUUUUUGUUGCUCAGCAAAGACGAGAAGGCUCCUCUCAAGGCCACUGACUUUGGGCUGUCUGUAUUCUACAAGCCGGGAGAGGUGUUUAAGGAUAUAGUGGGUAGUGCUUAUUACAUUGCGCCUGAGGUUUUGAAAAGGAAGUAUGGACCUGAAGCUGAUAUUUGGAGUAUUGGUGUCAUGUUGUAUAUCCUCUUAUGUGGUGUCCCUCCCUUCUGGGCUGAAUCGGAGAAUGGGAUAUUCAACGCCAUCUUAAAGAGCCAUGUUGAUUUCUCAAGUGAUCCAUGGCCAUCAAUCUCACCUCAGGCGAAGGAUCUUGUUAAGAAGAUGCUCAACUCUGAUCCUAAGCAAAGACUAACUGCUGCUCAAGUUCUCAACCAUCCAUGGAUCAAGGAGGAUGGAGAAGCACCAGAUGUUCCUCUUGACAAUGCGGUGAUGUCCAGGCUCAAGCAAUUCAAAGCAAUGAACAAUUUCAAGAAAGUUGCAUUACGGGUGAUAGCGGGUUGCUUAUCAGAGGAAGAGAUCAUGGGGUUGAAGGAGAUGUUUAAAGGUAUGGACACAGACAACAGUGGAACAAUUACACUCGAGGAGCUAAGACAGGGACUCGCUAAGCAAGGUACAAGGUUGUCAGAAUACGAAGUCCAACAAUUAAUGGAAGCUGCCGAUGCUGAUGGUAAUGGAACAAUAGACUAUGGUGAGUUUAUCGCCGCCACAAUGCAUAUCAACAGACUUGACAGAGAAGAACAUCUCUACUCAGCCUUCCAACACUUUGACAAAGACAAUAGCGGAUAUAUCACUAUGGAAGAGCUGGAACAAGCCCUACGAGAGUUUGGCAUGAACGAUGGCAGAGACAUUAAAGAGAUAAUUUCAGAGGUCGAUGGAGACAAUGAUGGUCGGAUAAACUACGACGAGUUCGUGGCAAUGAUGAGAAAAGGAAACCCGGAUCCUAUCCCAAAGAAGCGGCGUGACCUCUCAUUUAAAUGACACCACCAAACGUUGAAAGUAGAGAGAGGAAGAGAGAA